AUGUGCGCUAAGCGGAAUUGUCUACUUUUGUUCAUGGUGAUACUUCAUUUGGUGCUAGAAAUCUCAUCCAAAUGGGAGUUCACUAAUUUUAAAUGCACAUCCCUGGAUAAGGAAUUUACCGAGUUCGAAUAUUGCUAUAUAAAGUCGAUUAAUCGAACGUACAAGUAUCUUUCCUUCAGAGCCAAUUUAUUGAAGACUCCCGUUACCAAAAUCAAGUUAAACUUUUCAUUGUUUAAACGCUUCAGUGGUUAUAGGCCGUUCCUCUACAAUAUGACGGUUGACUCGUGUCGGUUCUUGGCAAAGCAGAAAUCUUACCCCGUUGCUGCCUUCUUCUACAAUCUAUUUAAGGACUCCUCCAAUAUGAAUCAUACAUGUCCCUACGAUCAUGAUCUGAUUCUCGAUCAACUUACUGCCACCUUUUUGAAUCACCAGUUUACAAAAGUUCUACCUUUUCCUGAGGGUGAUUACCUUAUGGAAACAACCUGGAUUGCCUAUGAUAUUAGCCGUGCCGUGAUUAAAUUCUAUGGCUCUCUGACCUGA